AUGGCUCUUCGGCGACGAUCGCGUGCUGUCCUGGCGACAGGCGCUCUCAUGAUGAUCUUAAUCAUCUUGCACUUCCCUGCACCUUCCCCGAUCAUCGUUCCCUUCAUUCCAGGGUCCGUCAACUGGUCAAACUUUGAACAUUUCCACCCCGUCGACUCCAUCAAACCAGUCCCAACCGACAGACCGCGACGAUUGCCUCCAGUCCAAGCCGACCAAAGCUACUUCGAAAGCUCCGAAUUGACCGAGCAACGACGCGCUGCUGUCCGCAAUGAGUUUCUACGGAGCUACAACGCAUACAAGGAAUAUGCCUGGAUGAUGGAUGAGUUGGCGCCUCUGUCCGGUACAGGCAAGACUACAUUUGGCGGCUGGGCUGCCACGCUGGUCGAUUCGCUCGAUACACUUUGGAUAAUGGACUUGAAGAAAGAAUUCCACGAAGCCACCAUCGCAAUCUCUGCAAUGGAUUUCUCUGUUACCAAGGAGCGCGGUAUCAAUGUUUUUGAGACCACAAUCCGACACCUCGGUGGACUGCUGGGGGCCUAUGAUCUGAGUGGCGAACCUACUCUUUUGCAGAAAGCAAGGGAGGUUGGGGAGAUGCUAUACGUUGCGUUUGACACACCCAACCGGUUGCCGGGCUUUUGGUUGAACUUUGAGGAUGCCCGUAACGGCCGACAGGUUGCAGGCACAAACGACCCGUCGGCCUCGCCAGCGUCUCUGACAUUGGAGAUGACACGCUUGUCGCAGCUUACAGGGGACCCCAAGUUUUAUGACGCCGCUGACCGGGUUAUUCGCUUUCUCGACACUGUCCAAAAUGACACCCAGCUGCCUGGCAUGUGGCCGCUGACAGUUAAUUUCCAGGACGAGACGGCCGAAGGCGACACUUUCUCUAUUGGCGCAUUGGCUGAUUCAUUGUACGAGUAUCUACCCAAGAUGCAUGCUUUACUUGGCGGAGUUGACCCUAUAUAUGAGAGGCUGUAUCUCACUUCUGCAGAUGUCGUCAUUAACAAUUUGCUGUACCGACCCAUGGUGCCUGACAAUGGCGAUAUUCUAAUUGCUGGCGAUGUAUGGGUCAACAGUCAAGGUUUGAGUCUCAGUCCUGACAGCCAACACUUGAGUUGCUUCGCAGGAGGAAUGUUUGGCCUCGGCGGGCGUCUGACCGGAAACAACAGCCACGUGGAAGUUGGAAAAAAGCUAGCCCGUGGCUGCGGAUGGGUAUACAACGCUUUUCCUACGGGAGUUAUGCCCGAGAUCUAUGGCAUGAUCCCGUGCGAAUCGGCAGAAUCGUGCGAAUGGGAUGAAUCCAGGUGGAAGCCGGAUGACAAGUCUAUUCCCAAGGGGUUCUCACAUGCUCGCGACCCGCGUUACCUCCUGCGGCCCGAGGCGAUCGAAAGCAUCUUCAUCAUGUAUCGAAUCACAGGGGAUACUGAGUGGCAGGACCUGGCCUGGAAGAUGUUCCAAUCUAUUGUGAAGGUAUCAAGGACGGAAUUGGCUAAUGCGGCAGUCGACGACGUGACCAAUCCUGAUUCCCCAAAUAUUGACUCCAUGGAGAGCUUUUGGCUGGCUGAAACGCUCAAGUAUUUCUAUCUCAUUUUCUCGCCACCAGAUCUGAUCAAUCUGGAUGAAUAUGUGCUUACUACGGAGGCACAUCCAUUUAAACGGAUGAAGUGA